AACUCGAGUACAUUGCAUAAGUAACCAUGGUUUGGUUUAAAAAAAAAAAGAAAAAGAAUUCAUACAAACUUUACCCCACACUGUAUCUUCUUCAACCUCCUCUUGUUUUCAUACCUGGUUUCAAAACUAAUUCAACUCUUCAUCUUAGUUUUAAAACUCGAAACUCUCAAAACCAAGUUGUUGUCUUUAUCAGAAACUAUCUGCGUUUUUAUGGUUUCAAGCAUCAGUAGAAGAAAGGUUUGGUCUUUUGGAUUUGGUUGUGUAAUAAUCUAGAGAUAGAGGAAGAAGAUGAAUGAUUUAGGAUGGGACGAGGAAGAGACAUAUAUAGCUAAUGCAGUUUUAGGAAACUUAGCUUCUGAUUUCCUCAGAGCAAUCUCAUCUUCGAAUCAGAAUCUCUUUCUAUUUAUGGAAACUGACGAUAGUCUGAACAAGAAGCUAUCUAGCUUCGUGGAGUGGCCAAACUCUGAGAAUUUCAGCUGGAACUACGCUAUCUUAUGGCAGCAAACCAUGUCAAGAUCCGGGCAUCAAGUCCUAGGUUGGGGAGAUGGGUGUUGUCGUGAGCCUAACCAGUCAGAGGAAUCAUCAAAACUAGUCAGUGGAUUAGUAAUAGAGGAAGAGAUGAGAUGGCAGGAGAUGAGGAAGAGAGUGUUGCAGAAGCUUCAGAGAGUGUUUGGUGAAUCUGAUGAAGACAAUUAUGCUUUGGGGUUAGAGAGAGUUACAGCUACUGAGACUUUUUUCUUGGCUUCGAUGUAUUUCUUCUUUAACCAUGGUGAAGGUGGUCCUGGGAGGUGCUUUGCUUCAGGGAAACAUGUGUGGUGGCUCUCAGAUGCGGUUGUUUCUGAUUACUGUUUCAGGUCUUUUAUGGCGAAAUCCGCCGGGGUCAGGACGGUUGUUAUGGUUCCUACUGAUGCUGGUGUUCUUGAGCUUGGUUCUGUUUGGUCUUUGCCUGAGAAUGUUGAGUUGGUUAAGUCUGUUCAAGCUUUGUUCAUGAGGAGAGUUGAGGCCUCAAACAUGAGGAUUCCCAAGCUUUUCGGACAGGAACUGAAUAGCUUGGACCAUGGAGCUAUUAAAGGCUCAACAUUUGGUUACAUAUCUCAGGGAAGUGAUGUGAAAGUGCAGGAGAAUGGCAAUAACAAUUACAAGAUGCAGAUAGAGUUUGCUGGAUCAUCUACAGACACUCAACGGGAGAAGACAGAUUCUUGUAAUGAGAAAAGACCAGCGAGCUUAUUAGCAGGAGCAGCUUCUGUUGUGGAAGAGAAGAGACCGAAAAAGCGAGGGAGAAAGCCUGCAAAUGGAAGAGAAGAGCCAUUAAACCAUGUGGAAGCUGAGAGGCAGAGACGAGAGAAGCUGAACCAAAGAUUCUACGCUUUGCGAGCUGUUGUUCCUAAUAUCUCUAAGAUGGACAAAGCUUCUCUUCUUGAAGACGCCAUUUCUUACAUCAAAGAGCUUCAAGAGAAAGUGAAGAUCAUAGGUGCUGAAGGAGUAAGAAAAGCAGAUAGAACAGAAGUUGACAUUAAAGCUGUGGACGAAGAGGUUGUUGUAAGAGUAAUCUCACCGUUAGAGUCACAUCCAGCUUCAAGAAUCAUACAAGCAAUGAGAAACUCAGAGGUUAGUCUAAUGGAGUCUAAGCUUUCAUCUGCUGAAGAGACAAUGUUUCACACUUUCGUGGUAAAGUCUAGUAACGGGUCGGAUCCAUUGACGAAAGAGAAGCUUAUAGAAGCAGUGGCCUACCCGCAAACCAGCUCGAUGCAGCAGUAGCCAUUAUUAGUACAAUCUCAUAGUUCACAGGUUUCUGGUGAUUUGUACAAGUGAAAGCUUCUUCUCAUGUUCAGUAUAGGCAAAGUUGAGGUUCGCAUAGACAUAGGUAAAUCCCUUUUUUGUUUGCUUUCUAUUCUUAGAGUGAAAGCAAUCCAGUUUUCUUUAUAUAUGCUAACAUCUAUUAUAUUAAAAGAGAAGUCACAACUUCUCUUCAUGUGUGAUAUUUUUAAAAAUGGACCAUUCUUAGAAAGUAAUAUUUCAUAUAUAUCUUAAUAACAUUUUAUUUGACUUAGUUACAAUAUCUUUUGAUAUCUUUCUUUUAUUUGAAAUAAAAUAAAUAUUUUAAAAAGAAUUCUAACAAAAUCUUUUAGAAUCUUUUAUAAACAUUAAACAUAUGAAUAAUAAUA